AUGGGUAGAAGUCAAUAUAAUAAUAGACAUAGAGGAGGUGGAGGUAGUAGAUUCUCAAAGAUCAACUACCUCAAUGUCACAUUGUUCACCUCACUGGCUGUACUCUUCCUUCUAAACAUGGUGUCUCUAGUACUCGAGACAAAGGAAGAGUUCCAGGUAAAGCGAGUACUUAGUUUAUUGUAUAAAGAGUAUUAUGAUACUAGUAUAUCGGAUUCUUUGUCAUCGAUACAUACUCAACUACAUAUAGUAAUGAUAAGUUCAAUCUUUAUAAUGGUUCUAUUGUGCGUGGCAUUCGUUGCCAUCUCAUUAAUGCUCGUGGUCACACCAGCUCCCAAAGACGAGGCCCCAGACAACCUCGCUCAUACAGCCACCUCCACUCCACUCUCUUCAUCUGCAUCACUGGAGAAGUCUUCAAUUGUGCUCGAAGGACCUAUGUACGAACCUUGGAACAUUGUCACGAUUGAGAAGAUAUCAUCAACCUCUGAUGAGGACCCAUAUGAGAAGAUCAGGAGUACAUACUAUCGUUAUGGAAUCACUGCUGGUCGACAGAUAUAUGAGCGAUUCUCAAAGCAGUUGACUGCAGAGCAGAACAAAGAGAUCUGUUGGAUGCUUGGACAGAGCAAUGGCUAA